UUGAAGAAUUUAUUCGAAACACGUAUUAUAUUAUUUCUAUUUAAAUGAAUUCGUUCGGUUAUAUUUAGUAAUCGUAUAUAAACCGUGUUUGAAUUUUACAUUCCGCCAUUAUCCGUAGAUGGCAUCACGAUCGUGUUAUUGCAAGCUUGCGCAUACUAUGUAUUUAGAUGCAAGUGUAACAAGGAACACUGCUAACAAAGAUUUUGUAUUACUUUAUAUGGCCUUUUUUUCUAAAUAAGAAUACGAUAAUGAUUGACAGAAUAAAGUGAUCUUUGAACGCUAGAAACAUAUUAUUACCAUUGUAAUUAAAAUACGAUGAAUCGUGUGAGACCAAGAUUAAUAACUUUCGAUGUUACCGGAACAUUGUUAAUGACAAAGUUAAAAGAACAUUAUACCGAGAUUGGAUGUAAAUAUGGUUUAUCAAUCGAGCCGCAUCAAUUGGCGCGAAGUUUUGAAACUAAUUUCCGACAGCUCGCUAUCGAACAUCCAAUAUAUGGAAAAUAUACUGGACUUGGAUGGGAAAAUUGGUGGAAAACGAUUGUUCAUAAUGUAUUCAAAGAACAAAAUAAAAACAUUCCUGAUGCGACUCUUGAUAAGGUUGCUAGUGCCCUGAUAAAAUGCUACAGCACAAGUAAGUGUUGGCAUACAUAUCCAGGGACAAUCGAAUUGCUCGAAUAUCUUCAUAAACACAGAAUAGUAUUAGGAGUGAUAUCCAAUUUUGAUGUAAGAUUGGAAACUAUUUUGAUCGAUCUCAAGAUCAGAUCAUAUUUUUCCUUCGUAUUGACAUCGUAUAAUUUCGGUAAAGAAAAGCCAGAUAAAUCUAUAUUCAUCGAAGCUUUAAGAUUAUCAAAUAAAGAUCAACAAGUACAUAUUGUACCUCGACAAGCAAUACAUAUUGGCGAUACCAUAGAUAAUGAUUACUUUGGUGCAAAGAAUGCACAAUGGAAUGCUCUUUUGAUCAAUCACAGAAAUAAAUCUAUUCACGAGAAGAAUGUUUGUAAAGAUGAUAUUUUUAUAAAUCUUCUAGAUCUACAAAGGCAUUUUGAAACGCUGUUAAAAUAAAACAAAUUAAAUAUAACGUUAGUAUUAUUAUUCGUUGUUUCAAGAUAAUAUUUUCAAUAGUAGAUUUAUCAUAAGUUGCAAAAUUGAUUGUUUCUUUUCUAAUAAUAUUAUUGUCAUAACUAUUUAAGUAUUAUAGUAAUAGCAAUUAAAACAUUGUGUUUAAUAACUUUGCGGUAUAAUUAAUCCUUUGAAUAUUAUGGACGCAUAUAUACGUCCAGCAAUAAAAACUUUAAGAUACGAUUAGAUAUUAAUAUGUUAA